AUGUUUGAGUAUGAUCGACUCGCAUUGGAUGUUGCAGAGCAAGUCGCCCAAAUUCGUUCAACUGUUAUCGCGAGUUCACCAAAGCAAAUUUUAGACAAUUUGUCGGUAAUUUGGUUUUUUCUUUUUUCAAGAGGUAAAUACGUUGGAAACGGCUUCUCAUUCUCGGGACCAGAUGGAUUUGACUGUGGUGCAAGUUCGGGUUAUGGUAGUCCGGGAUCAGGUACUACUCCAUUAUCAAGUCCUGCACCGCAUAUGCUUUUGUUACCAACACAUGUUCAGCGAGCUCUUUGUGAUUAUGGAUUUUUUGAUGAGGCUGAAAAUAUUGCUUCUUUAGGACCAACAUUGAUUGAUAUGGAACCAAAUAAAUUUAAGUCUCCAAGUUCGGAGAAUGAUGAAAAUAUACCAUCUCAAGCCGCUCAAGAAGAUGGUUUUUCACAUGAUGAAAUCGCUCAAUUCACACAACUCUUAUGCUCUCCAAAAAAGGCACCACCAUCCAAAUAUCAAUGCCACAUUUGUUAUCGUACUGGUCAUUAUAUUUCUGAUUGUCCUAUGCGUUUCAAUAGUCCAUAUGAAGAACUGACUCCAUAUCAAGGAAGAAAGAAAUGUUAUGGCGAAUUUCAAUGUCAGCAGUGUAAAAGAAAAUGGACGAGUCAGAACUCAGUUGCCAAUGAAGCACAGAGUUGCAUUAAAUGUCAUAUUCCUGUGUUCCCUCAUAAACAGCUUCCUGUCGAUAAAGCAGUUGCAAUGGGUUUAGUCAAGGCACAACGUGUUGUUCCUUCGAAAUUAGCUCCUAUUGGUCAUGGUCGACCACCGUUUAAUACUAAUCGGCAAUAA